AUGAGCUCCGAGGAUGAGAUACAAAUGGAUGAUAGUGACUCGGAUCAGGGUGAUUUAGACGAUGAGUGUCUCUCCGAUGACGACGGGAUAGCUCUGGAAAGUCACGAUCAGAACAAUUCAGAGUAUAGAGAAAAUGCGGUGCCUGAUAAUGAGGUUCUAAACCACGAUUCCCUGGAAAUCGAGAUGAAGAAGACGAUAGCCGAUGUGCAGGCGGUACUGCAGACGAAAGGCGGGAUGUGUCGAAUCCUUCUUCACAAAUACAAAUGGAAUAAAGAGUCACUUUUAGAGAGAUUCUACGAGAAUCCCGAUACGACUACGUUUUUGAUCGAUGCUCAAGUGAUUCCACGUCACACAGAAUCCGUGCCAGCCGGAGACUCAGAAUGCGAUAUUUGUUGUAUCGUAGGACCGUUGUCAGGGUUGGCGUGCAAUCAUCGAGCAUGUACGGCGUGUUGGAAGUCGUAUUUGACGAAUAAGAUUGUGGAUGCGGGACAAAGUGAAAUCGAGUGCAUGGCUGCCAAUUGCAAAUUGUUGAUUGAGGAUGAGAAGGUAAUGACCUACAUAACCGACCCCAACGUCAUCGCCUCCUACCGUCGGCUAAUAGUUGCGAGCUACGUGGAAACGAACCGACUUCUGAAAUGGUGUCCCGGUGUUGAUUGUGGAAAAGCUGUCAAGGUCAGUCAUUGUGAACCACGUCUCGUCGUGUGCUCAUGCGGCUCUCGAUUCUGUUUCUCAUGUAGUAACGAUUGGCAUGAGCCAGUGAAUUGCCGACUUUUGAAGUUAUGGAUGAAGAAAUGUAGUGACGAUUCGGAAACCUCGAAUUGGAUCAAUGCCAACACCAAAGAGUGUCCGAAAUGUAUGAUUACAAUUGAGAAAGACGGUGGAUGCAAUCAUAUGACAUGCAAAAACACCGCCUGUCGGUUUGAAUUCUGUUGGAUGUGCCUUGGACCGUGGGAACCGCACGGUUCUUCGUGGUAUAAUUGUAAUAGAUUCGACGAUUCGGUGGCAAAAACCGCCCGUGACGCUCAAGAGGUCUCUCGUGCCAACCUUCAGCGAUACCUGUUCUACUAUAAUCGUUAUAUGGGUCAUCAGCAGAGUUUGAGACUCGAAGGAAAGCUCUACGCGACAGUGAAAUCCAAAAUGGAACAGAUGCAAACACUAUCAAUGUCGUGGAUCGAGGUUCAAUUCCUUCGAAAAGCAGUCGACGUGCUGUCCGAAUGCCGCCGUACCCUUAUGUUCACUUAUGCAUUCGCUUUUUAUCUCCAACGAGAUAACAACUCUAUCAUCUUUGAAACAAAUCAAAAAGAUCUCGAAAUGGAAACAGAACAGCUGUCCGGGUUUUUGGAGCGAGAUUUGGACAGUGAGAAUCUUGUCACAUUGAAACAAAAGGUCCAAGAUAAAUAUCGCUACGUGGAACACCGCCGUAAAAUCCUCCUCGAUCAUUGUGCAGAAGGAGCUGAACAAGAUAUUUGGAUGUUCAACGAGUAG